CAGUGGAUUCCACCCUCCCGGCUUCCGGCCAUCAGUUCUUCUCUCUCACUACCUUGGGCAGGCUGACGGAGCCAGUGCAGCUGGAAGGAAAAGCACGGCGAGCAGGGAGCGCUUGAAGCGCAGCCAGAAGAUCACCAAGGUGGAGGGGUCAGAGCCCGUGCCGGCCGAGGCCUCGCUGAGUGCCGAGCAGGGAACGAUGACAGAGGUGAAGGUGAAGACGGAGGUGCCCGACGACUACAUCCAGGAGGUGAUCUGGCAGGGCGAGGCCAAGGAAGAGAAGAAGGCAGUCAGCAAGGAUGGGACCGGCGAAGUGCCCGCCGAGAUCUGUGUGGUGAUCGGCGGCGUCCGCAACCAGCAGACCCUCGGAUCCUAUGAGUGUGGAAUCUGUGGCAAGAAGUACAAGUAUUACAACUGUUUCCAGACCCACGUGCGGGCACACCGAGACACUGAAGCCACCUCAGGGGAGGGAGCCUCCCAAGGCAUUCUAAACCCACAGGCCAGCCAGAUGGGUGUAGGCUGGGGUAGAACCUCCCCCAGACCCAAGAAACCUGAGUUCCAGAACCCAGCAGCUCCAUUCCCAGACAAUUUCAGGUACACGUGUGACAUCUGUGGGAAGAAGUACAAAUACUACAGCUGUUUCCAAGAGCACCGAGACUUGCAUGCAGUGGAUGUGUUUAGUGUGGAAGGGGCCCCCGAGAAUCGGGCAGACCCCUUCGACCAAGGUGUCGUGGCCACUGAAGAGGUGAAGGAGGAACCCCCGGAACCAUUCCAGAAAAUCGGGCCAAUGAACAAUAUUACAUCAGAAAUUUUUAAGAAGAAAGAAGUUAGGCAGACCCAAAAGAGAGAAACCGGCAAUUACACCUGUGAAUUCUGCGGAAAGCAGUACAAGUACUACACGCCCUACCAGGAGCACGUGGCCUUACAUGCCCCCAUCAGUACCGCCCCCGGGUGGGAGCCACCGGACGAUCCAGACACGGGCUCUGAGUGCUCACAUCCAGAGGUCUCCCCAUCUCCACGCUUCGUGGCAGCGAAGACCCAGACGAACCAGUCGGGGAAAAAAGCUUCGGCCUCCGUGGUCCGAUGCGCCACCCUCUUACACCGCACCCCUCCAGCCACCCAAACCCAGACGUUCCGCACUCCAAAUUCAGGAUCUCCGGCAAGCAAGGCAACCGCAGCAGAAAGCGCUUUCAGUCGGAGAGUAGAAAGCAAAGCACAAAACCACUUUGAAGAGACGAAUAGCAGUUCCCAAAACUCCAGCGAAACUGCAAGUCCCCUGAUUUCCAAUACUUUCCCUCUCCUACAGAAACCUUACACCUGUGGCGCCUGUGGGAUCCAGUUCCAGUUCUAUAACAACCUGUUGGAGCACAUGCAGUCGCACGCAGCGGACAAUGAGAAUAACAUCGCCUCCAACCAGUCGCGAUCGCCACCUGCUGUCGUGGAAGAGAAGUGGAAACCCCAGGCCCAGAGGAACAGUGCCAACAACACCACGACCAGUGGUUUAACACCUAACAGCAUGAUCCCUGAGAAGGAGCGGCAGAACAUCGCAGAGCGGCUGUUGCGGGUCAUGUGCGCAGACUUGGGUGCGCUGAGUGUGGUGAGUGGGAAGGAGUUCCUGAAACUGGCCCAGACGCUGGUGGACAGUGGUGCCCGCUAUGGGGCCUUCUCGGUCACCGAGAUCCUGGGCAACUUCAACACGCUGGCACUGAAGCACUUGCCGCGCAUGUACAACCAGGUGAAGGUGAAGGUGACGUGUGCCUUGGGCAGCAACGCCUGCCUGGGCAUUGGCGUUACCUGCCACUCACAGAGUGUUGGCCCUGACUCCUGCUACAUCCUCACAGCCUACCAGGCUGAGGGCAACCACAUCAAGAGCUAUGUGCUGGGAGUGAAGGGCGCGGACAUUCGUGACAGUGGCGACCUGGUGCACCACUGGGUGCAGAAUGUGCUGUCGGAGUUUGUGAUGUCAGAGAUCCGGACAGUGUACGUGACGGACUGCCGGGUGAGCGCGUCCGCCUUCUCCAAGGCCGGCAUGUGCCUCCGCUGCUCAGCCUGUGCCUUGAACUCGGUGGUUCAGAGCGUGUUGAGCAAGCGGACGCUGCAGGCCCGCAGCAUGCACGAGGUCAUCGAGCUGCUGAAUGUGUGUGAGGACCUGGCGGGCUCCACAGGCCUUGCAAAGGAGACCUUCGGGUCGCUGGAGGAAACCUCGCCACCACCCUGCUGGAACUCGGUCACGGACUCGCUGCUGCUGGUGCACGAGCGCUAUGAGCAGAUCUGUGAAUUCUACAGCCGGGCCAAGAAGAUGAACCUCAUCCAGAGCCUCAACAAGCAUCUGCUCAGCAACCUGGCAGCCAUCCUGACGCCAGUGAAGCAGGCGGUCAUUGAGCUGAGCAAUGAGAGCCAGCCCACCCUGCAGCUGGUGCUGCCCACCUAUGUCAGGCUGGAGAAGCUGUUCACCGCCAAGGCCAAUGACGCGGGCACCGUCAGCAAGCUGUGCCACCUCUUCCUGGAGGCCCUCAAGGAGAACUUCAAGGUGCACCCGGCACACAAGGUGGCCAUGAUCCUGGACCCGCAGCAGAAGCUGCGCCCUGUCCCGCCCUACCAGCAUGAGGAGAUCAUCGGCAAGGUGUGCGAGCUCAUCAAUGAGGUCAAGGAGUCCUGGACAGAGGAGGCUGACUUUGAGCCCGCCACCAAGAAGCCCCGCUCUGCCACCGGCGAGAACCCCACAGCUCAGGAAGACGAUCGCCUGGGGAAGAAUGAAGUAUACGAUUACCUGCAGGAGCCCCUCUUCCAGGCUACCCCUGAUCUCUUCCAGUACUGGUCGUGCGUUACCCAAAAGCACACGAAACUCGCCAAGCUCGCCUUCUGGCUCCUCGCGGUUCCGGCCGUGGGGGCCAGGAGCGGAUGUGUAAAUAUGUGUGAACAGGCACUUCUAAUCAAAAGGAGGCGACUGCUCAGUCCGGAAGAUAUGAACAAACUCAUGUUUCUGAAAUCCAACAUGCUUUAAGACUUUAGUUUGGAACAAAAAAAAUAAAGAGAGAAGAGAACGGUAAAAAGAAAAAAAAACACACAACACUGUCGCAAACAAAGAAAAGGAAUUUAAGUUCUAAACACUGUGGACCUCAUCAUAAAUGCCCCCUGGAAACUUAAGUGCUUUUUUCAGUGUGUGUGUGCAUGUGCGUGCACACCCACACCCGUACGGAUGUGUGCAAGCACACAUACUGUGGGUGCGGCCUGGGGAUCUGUGCUCAUCUGUGAGGCCACAGAAGCCUCACGCACACAUGCACACACAUACUACCCUGGUGCAUGCACGCUCGCCCGCUCGUGGGCGCAUGUGCAUUAAGCUGGGUGUGUCAGGAAAGCUGAGUGUUCGGGAAAGAGGGAAGAUGCUUCACCUUUUCUCAGUAAGGGGCUUUAAAGACUCCGUUUUCAGGUGUGCAGAUUGGUAGAACGCUGAUGUCGUAAAUUGUUCAGGCAGCUGAGAUCUGAAGUGACUUGACACUUUCUGUCCUUCACCCCAUGGUCCCCCUUUUUCCUCCGUCCCCUCCUCCAAGCCCUCCUGACCCUAAUGCACCCACCCCACCCCAGCUGCCCUGCCAUGGAUUCUCCAAACUGCAUCAGAUGGACAGUUUCUGCACUGGACUUUGUUCUUGUUCACCUUCAGGGCAUUGAGCUGCUGCCUUUGAGACGCCCUUGGGUGUCACGGGGCAGCCGCCUUAGAAACACACCUAUCUAUCUCCCCAAAUCAGGAAAGGAGACUUUAAGAAUAUAAAGCUGACUUUUGGCUUUUUAAUAUAAGAGAAAAAAAGACAUUUUUCAGAGAAGUAUAGAUACUGUCUCCACUCCUUAAUACUUUUUUCCUAACAUUCUAGCAGUUUUUACUUUUUUUUGUUUUGUUUUUUUGGGGGUUUUGGUUUUGGUUUCUUUUUUUUUUUCCUUUUUUCAAAUUUGAUUUAGACUCUGCUAGGAGGCACUGAAUGUCUAUAACUUAUGUUUUGGAAGUCUUUUUUUUUUAAAUGCCCUUUUCCUCAAGUCACACUGUAAACUAGCUCAUCUCAGUGGUAUAUUCACUAUCCUAAGGUUUGUAUUAGCCUUCCCUGUACAGCCCAGUUUUCGUGUAUUCGAACAGCCAAGACCAUGAACUUGGCUGUGCUGUUUGGAAACCAGAAGUGGGGUUGGAGUCACAGGUUUCACAGAUGUGGGGUUUGGUGGAAGCCAUAGGGAAGCAUGUGGCUUAGGAGUUUCCUGAAUGUAAGUGGAAGACCUGCCCUCCUGGCUUGCUGUGUCUGGUACUGCGAAUGUUUGAUUUCUAUACCCAGAGUGCAUUACACUACUCGCCACAUCACUGACACUUCCAGCUCAGCCGGGACUCCUGAGAUGAUCCGUGUUCACAUCCAUCACACCUCAGACCCACGACCUCUCCUCCCCACCAGGACCCUAGGGGUUCCGGCAGUUCCAUUGCCCACAGCCCUCCUUCCAGGACAAUAGUUGAGCGCGGUGCCUUGUGGGCCAAACGAUUGAUGUCUUGAGGGUGGAAUGGCAUUAGGCCACAUUCAACUCAAUGCUGUGAAAGAUAUCUUUAGGCUUUUCUCUCCAUGAGCAGUUUAGGUUCUAUACACUCAGUCCAAAUGCUGAGAGGGUGGCCCCUGUCCCCUCACAAGAGGUGGUUCUGUCAGGAUCAAUGCUCAGCCUCCCACCCCACCUCUCAGUGAAUAAAAUGCUCUCACAUCUUCCGACACCCAUGGCUGUGAGAUGGAGGUGGUGGUUACACCAACAGCUUCAGGCUGAGAAAGACCACCGUCGUGGGGGCUAAAUCCACUCCAUCCCUUCCUGGUAAUAAAGCAUUACUCAACUGCGAGAUACCUCGACUACAAAAGCACUGUACAACAGCCCUCUCCCCCGGGUCCGUGGCAGACGGAGAAGUAAAAUUGGUUUAAAAACAGUGUCCCUGGGGCCAAGCCUGCUUACUUUGCCUCAUGAGAACUAACCCUCUGAGUCCUCGACAUACUGAAUUGCAUCCAAGUGGCCCGUUUCCACAGUCUCUCCAGCAAGCCAUGGUCUCAGGAACUACCGUGCCAUUUCCUCUCUGGAGAAGUUCUAGGCGUUUCCUUCACAAGGUUUCCAACUGGGGUCAUGUCAUCAGAAGAGCCUCUGCCCGCACUGGACAGUCAUCUAAUGUCACUCCCCAGAGCGUAUGGGAGCAUCAGCAGACUUUUUGACUGGACCUUUGGGGACAUUCCAGAAGGUGCUGCAGGGUUGCUGAUGAGUAACAGGUGCCUACAGCUAAAGGUCCCUUCAGCUUUGCUUUGCUGCUGGGAAAGGGUCCGCGACCUGGCACUUUAACCACACAAGGAGAGUCAUCGCUGCCCGACUUGUGUGGUCAGUGGGAGCAGAGCCAUGGAGCCCAUCCUCCUCCUUAGAGGAGAGCUGUGCUGGCGUUGCCCCGUUAUUGGGCCAGCUGUUAGAAGGUAGGCAUUUCACUUUCUUGCAAAGCCAUCAGAGACCAAGCCCAGAUACGCAUUCGAGCACUCAGCAUUCUUCUCUUUGGAACACGGGAUAUCUGCCCUCUAGAAUGAAAAUUCGAGUUAAGUCUUACUAGACAUUAGGUAUCUCGUCAUAUGUGUCACCUCCUGUUCUGUUCUUCCUUUCCACCUCAGUUCAAUCCUUAGGACUUGACUUGCUCUGCAAGCUUGACGUGAAAGCUACUGGAUACUCUGAAGCUGUCUCCUGGGGCUGCCUUAUCUGGAUGUGGUAACAAGGUGGCAGGUAGUCAUUUUUUUCUUGCAAUCUCUGGUUCCUCAGAAACUGCUGCCACCAGCAAGAGAGACUGUACGAAGGUGCCCCCUCAGCCUGCUUUCUUAUGCAGGUAAUUCCCAUAGUGCAAAUCCUGCCGCAAUGAACAGCUUAACAAAACCCAAAGAUCUCACACUGGGCUUCUGAUUUCCAGCAAUAUCCACCUUAUUCAAGUUCUAGCUCAGCCAAAGGAUUGAGAUAGGCUUUUCCGGUUCAUCUCCAGGCUCCCAACCUGGCAUUAACCUUCGGAAAGAUUUUGUUUUUCUGCUUCCCACUUCUGUGACUGCUGUAGGAGUUUCCACCACAGGCCCUUGGGGCUGGCAGACCAGGAACCAUUUGUGUCAUGUUUUGGGCAGCCAAAGGCGGUUACCUGCUGACUUGGACACAACUCGUCUCAAGCCAUGUGAUUCCUAGGACAGAACUGGUCUUUGUUUUGGUAUACACAGACCCCAGAGGAGACUCUACAGGGGUCUUGCCCUUCAUCUAAGGUCAGUUAGCUUCACCACCAAAGCCCAAGCCAAGGACCACGCCUCGUGGGUGGUCUCUCAGAUUUGGCGUAGCCCGGGGGCCUUGGCUGCACCAAGAGCAGCGAUGCCAUCCCAGUCAUCGUGAGUGGAUGCUCUUGUCCCGACAUUAUUCUCCCUUCCCUGUGCCUAGGUCAAUCAGCCCGGCCUCCUUCCUGGGGGUAGUUAGGAACCAAGAAACAAAACGAAAGGGCCACCUGACUCUGCAUCUAGCCUGCCUGACGUCCUCAUGCUUCACAGAGAUUGGCUCUCGGCUGCGAAAAGGGUAUGAUGACGCAAUUGAGAAGUUAUGAGUUUUUAGGAUUCAAGGAAGGACAUUUUGUUUUUUGACAUCAGGUCCGUAGACUGGCAGGUGUUCUCUCCUUCAGUUCGCUCUUUUAUCUCCUGCACUUUCAAGAAACACCAGAGAAAAGCUCCGUGAACUAUAGUUUCUACUAGUAAGCCAAACUUGUGUCUUUAGGAGUCCCCUAUGCUUGCGGGAGGCCACAUGCUCCCACCUGGACUUGGACUAGACUCCUUGGAGAGUGAGCACCUGGAGAGAUGUCAAAGAUACAGCACACACUCUGUGGGAUCCACAGGUUCACAAGAAAGGUUGAAAUGAAGCUGGGAUGCAGAUGGAGAAGGGAGGUCCCAUGAGAAAUGGCCUAGAAGGGGCCAGUACCUGGAUAGUGUCAUCCCGAUGGAUGUGCUUGCAGAGACAGGAAGAUGAGGUGCACUGGGCAUGGUGGGCAGCCUCCUGCCACACUGAGUUGGAUCGAGUUCAUAGCUGUGCCCCUGCCUUGGGAACAGGGCAAUGCCUGUGCCCCUGGGAUGUACCUGAGGAAAGGCUCCUAGACAGCCUGCUGCUUUAGACAGAACCAAGAGGCUAUGUAAGGCUCAGGCUGUCCCUUGGAGACAGUAGGUGGGGGGCUCCUGUCUUAGCCCUGCCAGCCCUGCCCUAGCCACCUGUAUUCAUCUGGGCCAGCAGGAGAACUGGAACGGGGCCUGCCCCUCUCUUCACUGUGGCUAAUGUUUGCUAGGCCAGUUAUGGUGAACCAAUGAUAACAGUGUUUUUCCCUCUUAUGUUGCCCUCCUGGUUUCCCCUUUUCAGAAUUUUCUGGACGGUUUCGUCGUUGUUUUGCUUUAUCUCUCAUAGGGUUUGAGGGUCGUAGUCGAUAGAGGUCUGCCUUUUCUUAAAGGGGCCCUGUGGUUUCUGUGUGCAAAGGUUCUGCUUCCGUUUUGAUAAGAGUGAAAAUCCUUAGGUCGCUGUUUGUAUAUUGACGCAACCACAGUGUCACUUUAAAGAGUCAAUUCCUGUAUAGAGAAGGAUCUGCUAGGUUUGCAGUUGGGCAUCACCAUCAGGAUCCAUGAGGGUCCUAUCCAUCCAUGCGUCCCACCGGGCACCUUGACUCUUCAAACCAAAGUUCCUUAUAGGGGCACAGCCCAGCCUUGACUGCAACCUCAGGGGCCUGGGAUCCCUGUGGCACUUCCUGAAGUCCAGGUUGGCAGAGACCUUUGGGUCUGAGACCGGCCAGAAGGAGGGGCUCCUCUCACAACCCAGGCGCCAGCCAGUCUCCUACCUGGGACCCUCCCUCCCACCCAGCUAGGGUGGCUGGGUUCCCCAACAGUGAGCAAGCUCGUGGACUGGUGUGGGGCUGGGACUCACCAGCCAGGAGACAGAGGGACCUGCGGGGCUGGAGGCGCUCAAACCCACCAGGCAGCACGUCCAGGGCCAUUCAGAUCCCGAGCAUCAGGAAAUAAUUUUGUACAAACACCUGAAGCAGAGAUAUUUUUUAAAAAGUAUAAAUUAUUUUCAGUUCUCUUCUGAUCCUACCUUUUUCUUUUCCCCACAACUUCACAUCAGUGACUCUUUCACAUCAGGUAAACCUUGAGAAAGCCUUGGUGCCCCCUCCCUCCCACACCUCACUCCGUAACCAAGUGUGUGCACCCCACAUCCUUUCUCAGUAGUUAAGAUGUUCUAGGCAAUACCAUAGGCACAUCGGACUGUGUCUCUCUCUUCGAGUGCAAGAAACUCAAGUCAUCUUUAAAAAAUACAAAAAAAAAUUUACAAAAAAACAAACACAAAAAAAUAUCUUUUUUAGGCCAGAGUUUUCUACAGGUAUUAAUGAAUAUUUUUCUUAAUCCUUAUAAGUUUUAUGUGUUUAAUAUUUCUUAAUACCGGUAGCAUUAAUUUAUACUUUUGUAGCAACACAAUAUUUUUAUAAACAGCCAGUGCUUGGCUCAAGUCUCCACGAGGGGUUUAUGCAGGGCCAUCUUGGGACUCUGUGUACCAUGUACUGUAUUUAAAAAAAAAAAAAAGUUACCUAGUGUCACCCUUGCUGUGUUAAUUAACAAAAGAUGUUGUUUGCAGUCUCCUGUGUCAGUGUGGAUCCAAAAACCUGUGGAUCCAACAAUUCUACAAGGAGUCACAUUGCAUGGGGGUUGAGUUGACGGUUCUUGUGUGAUAUGUAAGCCCCCGAGACCAAACUUGAGGGUUUAUUUAAGGGUUUUCUGUUUGUCCUUUGGUUUUUUUUGUUUCACUUUGUUUUGGUACCGUUUCUCCAUUUACAGCCAAAUCAGUUUUGUGAUGUUUAAAACAUAUACUGAUGUCAAAUGGAGGAAAGGAACAGAAAAAGAGAAGAGUUUUACAAAAUAAUAAAAUUUAAAACUGAGCUGUUUAAAUGUUGCUGUUUUUACCUGUCUGUUCUUGUCUGAAAGUGGGACAUUCCCAGGGAGAAGAGGAAUGUUCCACUUGGUUCCUUAAAUCGCCAAAAGCCCCAGGCCAGAAUUCAGAACCCCUCUACUCCAUGAAUUAUUGCAACAUUAUUUCCCAGUUGGUUGAUACCAAGGCAAAAAGACAUCCUUUUAAUGGUUAGAGGAUCAGUUGCUUAAAUGAUUUCAUGUCAGUGUUGUAUUUAUGGUUUUACAAUAAAACAACCUUUAGGAAGA